UGCCUUACAGUAAUUGUUUUAUUAUCAAAUACCGCACUUGCGUCGAAUCAGAUCGAUAUUAAAUAUACACACAUACGAUUGUAAUUUGUCAGCCUCAGUGCUAUGAUAUCCUGCAACAGUUAAUUUUAACGCUAUAAGUGAGUCACGAAUAUUUUUUAAAUCAAACCAACUUCUCACAUUACAUAAUUAAACAAUUUAAACGACCAAUAAUACAUCAUUAAGUAGCCCUCCUAAAUAAGGGACUUUACAAAAAUAAUAACCAAACAAUUGGUUCUCUUACGUAACCAUUAUACCUCUUUAGAAUUGCAAUUUAAUCAAAAUGUCCAAAAAAGUACCGUUUGAGGACAAAGGUGAAUGGCCCCCUUGGAUGAAAAUACAAAAUACCCCAGGACCUGGUCACUAUGAUCCAGUAACCUUUGACACAAGAAUUCAUACUUCGAUAAGUCGGAGGCUUGAUUCUGGUCACGAAACAUCAGGACCAGGAUAUGAUUAUUAUCCUGAAAAUAACACAAACGGGACCAAAUGGCGUCCUCUACCCACAGUUAAGCCAUCGUCGAGAAGGGGAAAUUUCAAUAAGCAAAAGUCCACCAACAGUACGUUGAUAUUAAAACACGACGACGAUGAAACAUCAAAAACGGUAUCAGAUCAGAAGGAGUCAUCUGAGGGGACAAGCACUUACCCUAACGACACUUCACUUUCACUUCAUUACACAAAAUUUUCCGAAAACUUGAACGAAAAUCUUAAUCGCCAAUCGGAUGAACAUAAAACCAACACUAAGAGGCAAGCACCCAAAUUACCUAAUUAUCACCAAUCAGAAAAGGAUGUGCACGUAGUAACACCUCCGUGGCCAAGCCCAGAAAUGAUUAAUGCGGAUAGCUCCAUAAACCUAGAAAGUAGUACAAUUGAUAUUGACCUUGAUCAGAAUUCAGAGAAAUUAUCCUUCGACAAUAACGAGGUUAAUUAUGGGGAAAAUGAUGCUAGAGUAAAAUCCAGUCCAUCCUUUCCAAAUGAUCAAGAAAUCUCUGGUCUUCAAAACUAUGAACCACUCGCUCUGAGACCUUCAAUAUUUCUAACCGUCCCACCCAACCAGUCACCAUUUUCAUGGAUAACGGAUGGCAAAUUGUCUAUUUUUGGAUGCGUUUGUGCAAUAUGCAUCUUCAUACUCGGAAUUAUUCAUCUUAGUCUGUGGAGCAAAUUAGGUUUAUGCAUUUUUUCUGGAAUUUGGUUAAUGUGCUGGGGACCAUUAAUUUUAAUUACGGAAGGAAUGCUCCUACCUAAGAUUAAAAUUUUUAAUCGUCUAGAAAUUUUAUACCCAAUGACAAGACUAAUUAAUAACAGACCAUAUUGGGUCAAAACAAUUUUGUAUGCAUCGAUCGCUGUAAUCUCCAUUGCUGUGUGUGCCAAAUGGACGUCUGGUGUGGGAGGAGGAAUAUUAAUCGUCUUAGCAUUUGCAUAUGGGUUGAAGCAAAUUGAUCUAAGGUACAGAAAUAAACAGCAGGAAUUUGAACGCACUGCUAUAGGCCAUGUUCCGGUGUGGACAAUUACCGAAUAAUUUGCCGACCUAUCGAAUAAGUUUAACGAGACAGGCAACAUAUAAUUAGAGAAUACAUGCAUGAAAAUGCAAUCCACCAAAAUGCGUUACAAAUAUUAUUAAUUUUGUCAAUGAAAACUCUUUGUCAAAUAUGACGACUUAAAUAAAAACAUAAACUACACUGUACG